AUGUCUUUACAAUUUAAAACAGAAGAUGUAGUAAAGCUUAUGCUUUAAUUCAUGAAAGAAAAUGGAUUAGUAAACUCUUUAAAGUCAUUACAAGAAGAAACAUAAGUUUCUUUAAAUGUAGUUAGUAAUACUGAGUAGUUUGUUGAAAAUAUUAAAGAAGGUAGAUGGGAUAAAGUUCUAAAUGAGGUAUAAAGCAUGAAAUUACCUGGAAAAAAGUUAAUGGAGUUAUAUGAAAUAGUUGUUUGCGAGUUAUUAGAAUUAGGAGAAAGCGUUGCUGCUUAAUUCAUUGUUAAAUAGGCUGUUAAACCUGCUGGACUUUUCGAAGAAUUCAAAGAAAGAGCUUUAAGAUUAGAUUAUCUAUCUAAAAAAAUACCAAUUGACAUUAGAGAAUUGUAUCAAGAUAAAUACACAAAAGAAAAAAGAAGAGCUAAUCUUGCUAGUUCACUAUUAAAGGAAGUUGUUUCUGCACCUCCUUCUCGUCUUUUGCAGUUAUUAGGAGAUGCAUUGAAAUUUUAAGAACAAUCAGGAUAGCUUACAACUGGGAUUAAACUAGACUUAUUCACAGGCUAAGUACCUCAUACUGAAGAUACAGAAGAUAUUCCUAUCAAUAAGGUAGAAAAGGUUGUUCAAUUUGGAGGUGAAAGUAGAAUUCUAUGUGCAGAAUUCAGUAAAAAUGGAAAUUAUUUGGCACUUGGAAGCGCAGAUGGCAUAAUAGAAAUAUGGGAUAGUGUAUUGAUGAAAUUAAGAUCUGAUUUAAAUUAUUAAAAAGACGAGCAAUUUAUGUUCCACGAAGAAGCAAUUCAUGCGUUAGCUUUUUCAGAUGAUGGUGAAAUAUUAGUUUCAGGUGAUAAAGCGGGAACAUUAAAAGUUUGGAAGACAUAGACAGGAAAAAGCUUAAAGAAAAUAGAUAAUGGCUUAAGUGAAAGCAUCUCUUCACUUAAGUUUGGAGCUGAUCCAUCACAUUUGAUAGUUGGAUAUAAUAAGAAUUUAAUAAGAGUCUAUGGUUUAAAAAGCGGUACUGUCAUUAUGGAGCAUAGAUCAAAAUAAGAAGGAAAUAUAAACGAUAUAUUUGUACCUUCAUUAGAAGAGGUUAUUUCUGUUGGAACUGAUGGCUUCAUUAGAGUUUGGGACUCUAAAACAGGCUAAUAGCAUUAAUAAAUUAAAUUACCUCGUACAGAAAACCAAUCUGCAAACGAAGUAGAAAUAUUUAAUAUCCUUGAAUCUAGACAUAAAAAAGGUUACUUUGUUUGUGAAAAAAGUAACAGACUAGUCAUCUUAGAUAAAAAAACAUUUGAAAUAACAAGUUAGUACGUAAACGAUAGAAAUGAAGACUUUUCUUCUGGUUCACUAUCAGCUUAAAAAAGAUUAGUUUAUGGCGUUACUAAUAAAGGUUAUUUAUAUUGUUAUCGUGCCAAGGAUUCUAAAAUUUAAUCCUUCUUUUAAGUCUCACAAGACGAAGUAAUAGGCAUAAAACACCAUCCAUCUCGUAAUAUUCUAGUAGCAUAUACUCUAGGUGGAGAUUUCUUGUUUUUGAAGGCAAAAUGA